AUGGGUUCUGCAUCAAGAUUUGCAAAGACCAUUCUUGUGCCUGCAUCAAUUGCGUUGUCGGUCUACUUGCUCUUCUCAUUUCUGAUUAUUCCGUUCUUCCGACGUUACCACCAACGCUACUCCCAAUACCUCCCUUUACAUACUAUCUCUGCGCACACCCUUUCGCUCCGGGAUCGCGUGGCCGACGCAAUUAUGCGCUUCUUUCUUCCGUCAUCAUGGCGACGCGGAGCACACUUGGAUGACCAUGAAAAUAUCGAUAUUGACGAUGACGAAGGGGAGCUCAUGGUCGGCAUGGGCAUGGACGCGGCCCGCCGGGAAGCCUUGGAUCGUCACCGCAGUACCACUACGGAUACCCAAUCUCGGCUCAGUCGAGAGCUAGAGGAAGGGUUUAUGGAUGAUAGCGACAACGAAGACAGUGAAAGAGACAGUGCAGAAAAUCGACAUUAA